GUAACUGAUGAUAGUUCAUUUUCUGGAAACGUACAGCCUCUUAGGCGCUUAGCUACAACUAUUAGUCCAUUAUCCCAUCAUCAUGCUCGUACUUCAAACGUUACCGCCGCCAACUUCAAAUGUCUGGUACCUCGCCUAUGGCUCCAAUCUUGCCAAAUCCAAGUUCAUUCACGAUCGGGGCAUUGUUCCUCUCGCUACAGCCGUUGUCCUUGUACCCGGAUGGACAUUGACUAUGGAUAGCGCUGGAGUACCGUACUCCGAGCCCUCUUUCGGAAGUAUUACACCAAUACCCGAUUCUAGAAACGAGAAGAACACGGAAUUGCUCGGGACGGCCUAUUUACUGACACCAGAGAUGUACACGAAAGUAAUUGCAUCGGAAGGUGGGGGAAUUGCGUAUGCUGAAAUCGAGGUUCGGGCCAGCAGAGUAAUAGAUCCCAGUGGAAGCGAUUUGGAAAAACAGAAUGAGACUUUUGCUGUCAGGUCGUUGAUCACAGUACUCAAACAUUUGGCUCGACCCAGCGAUCGCUACCUGGGCCUUAUCCGGACUGGAGCCGAGGAAGCCCAGAUGCCCGAUGCAUAUCAGAAGUUUCUCGCACGCAUUCCAACCUAUACCAAGCCCAAGGACCGUCUUCGCAUGAUAGGUGCUUCUCUUUUCCUUGCAUUCUGGGUGCCAAUUAUGUCGAUGAUGGAGAAGAUUACCAAAGCGGCCUUGAAGUCGAGCGGGAAGGCAAAUGCACCUCGUUGGGUAAUUCUCCUUGUAAGAUUUGUAGUUAUCAGCAUGUGGCUCUAUCAUGAUUAUGUGCACAGUCCUAUCUGGGGAAGGGGAGAUGGCUUAGAUCAGAGCUGAGACGUUUCUAUUCUGUUUUCUUCUUUUCUGGUAAUGGUCGCAAAAGAUACCAUAGCAUAUUUCUAUGACAUGAAGGGUCCGAAAAUUGACAAAUUGGGUUUCUUGGAACGGUUUUCAUCAACCAUAUAAGAAAGGCUGCUCCAUUUGCUAAACAUUCCAAUCAUAAUACUAAGGAGGAAUAGUUUCAACGUUCAUUGGUUGCUCUUGUAUCAUGUCGAGAAGAGUCAUCUAAAUCUUCUAUUCGGCGAUGGAAGUAUGGUGAUUGGAAAGUUCAAUACAUGUACACUGCUCAUGGAAUACAUCUCAUAGGAAUAAUUCAAGGUGC